UGAAUAGGAUUCCGCUUGAUAUUUGCACCAUCACGACGGUGUUCUAUCAUUCACUCCCGCCCAUUCAGGUACUCAGGUCCAAGUAGUGCUCACAGGUCAUACACAGGUUUCGGCUUCUAUAAAUAAUCCUGCUGACGAAAAACAACGGCGCCGGCUCCGAGCGCAGUUGGGCAUAGUCCUGUGCCUGUACAAGCCGUUCAACUUCGUAGCCCACGCCGUUCUCAGCAUCCGUAGAAAUGCCAACCUAUAAAUGAUCUCCCAAUAGAUCCCACUUCGAACCAAACAUAACGAUGAACUUAUUUACCAUCCCCUCUCCAUCAAGUCUCUGGACAACCGUACGUUCGGGUGGCGCAUUUCACGUUGCUUGUUCAUUUGCUACAUUAUGGGCUUUUGUCAAAGUCCUAAGGAUGCUUCGCUGGAGAGUGAAGACGACUCAACUGCUGGGUCCGCCUCGUACCAGCCUCCUAUAUGGCGUUUCGCGCGACCUCGCCAUAUCUCAAGAUAGUGGUGCAAUCUAUGAACGUUGGGCAACGGAAUAUGGGGUAGUGUAUAUGAUUCCGAGCGUCCUCGGGCAGACUAGAGUCGUGCUGUGUGACCCAAGAGCUAUUGCACAUUUCUACGCCCGCGAGACUCGGACAUAUGUGCAGACGCCCCUUUCGUUGGCGCUUCUGAAGGCAUCAGUUGGCAAAGGGCUACUAUGGGCUCAGGGCGAAACCCACAAAAGGCAGCGGAAGGCCCUCACGCCAGCAUUCAGUAAUGCAGCCAUUCGGAAGCUCACAUCGGUGUUUUAUGACUCAGCAUACAAGGCCAAAGGAAAAUGGGAUACUGUCCUUGAAUCGAGCAAAGAUGGUGACGCUGUAAUUGAGGUCCAGAACUGGAUGAAUCAUAUAUCUUUGGACACGAUUGGCAUUGCUGGUUUCUCCCAUGAUUUUGGCUCGCUCGAUGGAAAGCGCGUCAGCGUGACCGAAGUGUUUGAUGCAUUUGGAAGCAACAAACCUUCAGCAGCGAACGAAAUUUUUAUCCUACUCGCAUCAGUAUUUCCUAUCAUUCUCAAGAUCCCCACUGAGCGGCGGAAUCUGUUCAAGAAACUGAGCAUCACCAUGGGACAAAUAUCUAACGAAUUGUUGAUUCGCAGCCGCCGGGAAAAGGAUGUCAACAUAGGCGAGAGAGGCCAGGAAAGUUCUGUUAUCGGAUUGUUGAUUAAAUCCGAAGGUCAAGAUGCCGAGUUGUAUAUGUCGGAGGAGGAAGUAGUGGCUCAGAUGAAGGUCCUACUUCUCGCGGGUUAUGAGACGACAUCCACCAGUCUUACGUGGGCGCUGAUCGAGCUAUCACGACACCCCGAUGUUCAAACCAGGCUCAGAGGGGAACUGCUUGCCUUUGGCCCUGAUCCGACAUAUGAUCAAUUAAAGGCCAACCUCCCCUACCUGGAUGCGGUUGUGCAUGAAACCCUACGACUUCAUCCUCCAGUGCCAGAAUCCACUCGUCUUGCAGCAGCAGAUGACGUUAUUCCCUUGAGCGUACCUGUGCGCACGAUGUCUGGCAACAUGACAGAUAGUAUAUCUAUAGCGAAAGGGACAUUGAUCACGAUACCAAUCGGGGCAAUCAAUCGCUCUUCGACCAUCUGGGGACCUCACGCAAAGGAAUUCAAGCCUGACCGUUGGCUGACUGAAGACGGCAUCGGUGGGAAGGCCAAAGAAGUCCAAGGUCAUAGGCAUCUGCUGACAUUUAUUGAUGGCCCGAGGACGUGCCUUGGAAAAGAUUUUGCGAUCAUGGAGUUCAAAACGGUUUUAUCGGUUCUGGUGAAGAACUUCGUGUUUGAGAUGCGGGAUGGACCAGAUACCCCAGUCGAAGUUGCGAGGGGGAUUUUACCUCGUCCACGGGUUGUUGGAGAAGAUGGUACUGGAGUGCCUUUGAGAAUCCGUCGGUAUGAAUGA